AUGUCUCGCCCGAGCGCCCAGCUGAAAACGCCCAAGGGCACCCGCGACUGGGUGGGCGACGACCUGCUGCUCCGGGAAAGCAUCUUCAAGACCAUCGCCGACGUGUUCCAGCGCCACGGCGGCACCCCCCUCGACACGCCCGUGUUCGAGCUCACCGAGAUCCUGGCCGGAAAGUACGGCGAGGACGCGCCGCGCCUCGUGUACGACCUGCGGGACCAGGGCGGCGAGCUGUGCUCCCUGCGCUUCGACCUGACCGUCCCGUUUGCCCGCUGGCUCGCCGCCAACGCCCACGUCACCCAUGUCAAGCGCUACCAGAUCGCCAAGGUCUACCGGCGGGACCAGCCGGCCAUCGCCCGCGGCAGGCUGCGCGAGUUCCACCAGUGCGACUUUGACAUCGCCGGGGCCCAUGACCCCAUGGUCCCUGAUGCCGAGAUCCUCUGCGUCGUCGUCGAGGUCUUCGAGGCUCUGGGCCUCGGCGUCACGGUCAAGAUCAACCAUCGGCGCAUCCUAGACGGGCUGUUCGCCGUGGCAGGCGUUCCGGCCGACAAGAUCCGCUCCAUCAGCUCUGCGGUGGACAAGCUGGACAAGAUGCCCUGGGGCGACGUGAAGACGGAGAUGCUGGACAAGGGACUCUCCGACCAAGUCGCGGAUCGGGUCGGCGAGUACGUGCAGCGCAGCGGCGGCGUCUUGGAAAUGCUCGACGUCCUGAAAGCGAGCGAAACACUCGCCGCCAAUGAAGAUGUGCGUGCGGGAAUUGCGGACGUGGGCCUCCUCGCGUCGUACCUCGAGGCGUUUGGAAUCGGAGACGCCGUCUCCUUUGACUGUUCCCUCGCUCGGGGGCUGGAUUACUACUCUGGCUUGAUAUUCGAGGUGGUCAUGCAAGCACCCAAGGAGCCGGAAUCCGGGGACAGGAACCAGUCCAGCCAGGUCGGCAGCAUUGCUGCCGGUGGGCGGUACGAUGACCUCGUGGGCAUGUAUGGCAAGCGCCCCAUCCCGUGCGUCGGCAUAUCAUUCGGCGUGGACCGCAUCUUCACCAUUCUGAAGCCGCCGGCGGACAAGGACGCAAAGACGUCGUCCCCUGUCUCGCGGAACCUGGACGUGUACGUCAUGGCCAUUGGCGGCAAAGAAUUCGACGGCCUCUUGCUGGAGCGAAUGGCCGUCACGCGUCAACUCUGGAGGGCCGGCAUCCGAGCCGAGUAUUCGGCCAAGGUGAAGCCCAAGCCGCUGCAGCAAUUCAAGGCCUCGAUGGGGGUGCCUCUUGCCGUCAUCCUGGGGCCGGACGAGCUGGCAGCGGGGCAGGUCCGCUUGAAGGUUUUUCAGCCCGAUGCCGAGGAGGAGAAUGACCCGGGGCGGCUCGUGGCCAAGGAUGAUCUGGUUGAAGAGGUGAAGAGGCUCUUGAGGGGCACCACUUGA